AAUCAAUUUUCUGUCAAAUGUCCAAAUGGUAGUUGAAAGAAAAUUACAGUAUAAAGUAUAUAUUGUUGGUGGGGUGAAAUCGUUUUUGUAGGAAACUAAAAUAAUUCUUGACAUCAAACAUGAGCUGCACAAAUAACACGGAAGCGUUUUCUCAAUACCUUCAGUCCAUGGUUAAACUGGAGGAACUACAAAAAAUGACUGAAGAUUUAGACAAAGAAUUAGAAGAUUCACAAAGAGUGAUGUCGGAAAUAAAAACGAUUUUCAACACUAUUCCCAACGUUCAAAAUAAUAUACCACAGCAGAAUAACAGCUUAAGACACGAAGAUUUGUCGCAAUUCAUCGUCGCAAGUGUUCCGAAAUUAAUAAUGCCCGAUAUGCCCGACAGUACUGUAGAUAUAGAUCUCGACAAUGUUAUUGCAUCCAUGAAAGGUUACGCCGAAGAUUUAAGGAAAAACUUUGUCCUCCCUAAUCCACAACAAGAACACCCAAAUAAAGUAUUUGAAAAUCUGGACUUAGAUCAAUAUGCUUCUAGUCUGGAUGAACUAUCAAAACAGUUAACGAACAUGAAAUUAAAUAAAAAUGGAGAAGGUAUUAAGAGGAACAAGGAAUUAGAAGCUAAGCUGGAUCAGUUAUGUGAGGAUGUCAAUAUGUUCACAAAGAUGGUUCAAUCAAAGGCAAAGCUAAGUGAGAGCAAUAAAAGCUGGACUACAACACACCACAGCAACAUGGCACUGCAAUAUGACAACAUGAUAAAUAAACUGCUGCUCUGCAUCAACGAAGUAACAUAUUUAAUGAAGAAUAAAAAUUAACUGUAAUCUCAUUGUAAUCAUGAAUACAAUAUUUAUAAAUCUCAAUGUUGUUUAUACAAAAUGAAAACAAUUUAAUAUAAUAUCUACAAGUUAUAAUUUACAUUUAAUAGUUUUAUACUCAUAGACUUUUAAAAUUACUAACUCUGUACUAUUAAUGUUUAUGUUUUGCAUAACAAAUGAUAUAGAAUGUACUUCAAAACUGCUAAAUUUUUGCAUAAUUAGUUUUAAAUGUAAUUAUUUUUUAAAUAAAAACAAUAAAUGUAAAAUUAUUUGGUAAAAUUAUUGAAUUUAUAGAUUUAGCCUAUGUAAUUUACUGUCUUAUUAGUGUAUUUGCUAAUAAGGCAAUCUUAAGGUACUGGGUUCAAAACCCAGACCAGGAAAAUAAUCAGUUUUAUAAAGUUAUUCUUGUUAAGUAAUUUUGUAGUAGCAGCCCAAUCUGUAAACUUACAUUGUUUACCCUCCUUUCCUAAAAUUGUUUCAGACAGUUAGGAUCAUCAAAGUUAGUUAUUAGAGUAGUACUAUAAAAAGACAUGCAUUACCAAAAUUGGGAUAUCAUUAAUGUUAUUUAAUUUAACCUUUAUUUAUAAUUGUAAUGGUACAUGUAAUUGUAGCUAGUGAGUAGGUUAAAUGUUUAAUCUUAGGUUAUCUCUGUGUAAUUAAUAUAAGUAUGUAUAUAUUGAAUACCUUUUACCUUUCCAAACAUAUAUUUGCUUAUUUUAAUGGCUAUUAAAAAUAAUAUUUAAUAUUAUACUGAUCUCAUUGUAUUAAUAUAAUUAAAAUGUUACAUUUUUUAAAACUUCUCAAGUUGAUAAGCGAGACAUUUUUUCCAGUGUUAUUUGUAAUAACUAUAUUGAUGUUUAUUAUGGAUUAUAAGCUAAGACCUGAAUGUUAAAUAAGAUU